AACUCAUCUUAGCCGUACACGCUUACAAUAACUAAAGUACAGUGUGGAACAGUAAUAUGCAAUGUGAUAUUAGAUUAUAUUAUAAGAUCCUAUUUUCAAGUAUUAUGGGAAAAUGUGUUGGGAGUAGCAAAGAGAAUAGAUAUCAUAUAACUUUGUCAGCGUUUUGUUUGCAGUUAUUACAUAGACCGAAAUUGUAAGGCAAAAAUGGGAGAGAGUCCAAAAAGCCCAGAAGCGAAAGUUGGGAUGAGAGUAGAGGAUCUAUGGGACUGUCAAGAGGCACAGUUAAGUCCUACAGAGAAGCUUAACGCUUGUUUUGAAGGCAUACCUGUUUCUGCUUUUCCUUUUCCUCCUUCAAACCAAGAAAUUGAAAUCAAAUCAGAUGCUACCUUAGCUGAAGCUGUUAAAAUACUGGCACGUCACAAUAUUCUAAGUGCACCUGUGGUGGAUGUUGAUGCACCUGAAGAUGCUAGUUGGAUUGAUAGAUACAUCGGAAUAAUUGAGUUUGCUGGAAUUGUUGUAUGGAUUCUGCAUCAGUCUGAACCUCCAUCUCCUAGGAGUCCAUCCACUCCAACCAGUGCAAAAGAUAUUGCAGCUGCAGCAAACGGAAAUACUUUUGCUCUUGAACUUGAAGCCUUAGGCCUCGGAUCGGCAGCAACAACAUCGGGAAACUUUUUCGAGGAUCUGACUUCUUCUGAGCUUUAUAAGAACACCAAGGUUCGAGAUAUUUCAGGGACAUUCCGAUGGGCACCGUUUCUAGCUUUGGAGAGAUCAAACUCAUUUCUGACCAUGCUCUUACUGCUUUCUAAGUACAAGAUGAAGAGUGUUCCUGUGGUAGACUUAGGUGCUGGUAUAAUCGAUAAUAUUAUUACACAAGCCGCCGUGAUUCAUAUGUUGGCCGAAUGUGCUGGACUUCAGUGGUUCGAAAGUUGGGGGACCAAGGAGCUAUCUGAAGUUGGUCUUCCUCUUGUAGCAUCAAAGCAAAUCAUCAAGGUAUAUGAGGAUGAACCAGUCCUUCAAGCAUUUAAAGAGAUGAGGAAAAAGAGGGUUGGAGGAGUGCCUGUAAUCAAAAGAGGUGGCAGCACGGCGGUUGGUAAUAUAAGUUUGCGAGAUGUUCAGUUCUUGCUAACUGCCCCAGAAAUCUAUCACGAUUACAGAACCGUUACAGUGAAAGACUUUCUGAAUGCCGUUAGAAGCUACUUAGAGAAGAAUAAAAACGCAUUCUUAAUGUCAAUUGAAUUCAUUACAUGCAAAAAGGACUGUACACUGAAAGAGUUGAUUCAAUUGCUUGACAAAGAGAAGAUUCAUAGGGUCUAUGUAGUGGACGAUGACGGGAACCUUGAAGGACUAAUCACACUAAGAGAUAUCAUCUCAAGGCUAGUACAUGAGCCUCGUGGCUAUUUUGGUGAUUUCUUUGAUGGUGUUCUUCCCCUACCUGCUAACAGCAGGGUUUAACAGAGAAGGCAUCAAGGAAGAAUAACUUGCUCUAGCAGCAGUUUAUUUUUUUUUUAAUAAUUUUUAAGUGAAGAGGAAAGCAAAAAAAUAUGUAUUUGUCUUCAUGGUUGAAGAUGUGUACCUAGGUCUUUGUAAUGUGUAGGCAGUUUGCAAGUUACUAGCACCUGUUUUAAUUAAUGUUAGAACGGGACUUUCAUGUACUGUAAAUUCUGGUGUAACCAUAAGUUCUGUCAAAUUUUGAGUUUUCUUUCUCUUCCGUA